UCGUUGUCACACAGUGGCCAGUAAGUGGAACUGGUUAUAAACACAAAGCAGGCAGAAAUAUACUGCACUGCAUACAGCAAAGUAUUUUAAACCAGCAUUAUAGUGUUGGGAAGCUCCCUUUAUGUAGAACCACCCAUGUGAUUAAAAAUCAAGAUUUACCAUAAACGUAACAGAGGUGUUUUUAUGUGAAAUGAAUGAGGAAGAAGAUUAUGAGAUUUUUCUUCCUUGCAGGUGUAAGGAAUGAGGAAGUAGAAACCCACACGGCAAACAUCCCCAUUACACUGAACUCACUGUAAGGGAAAUGAUAUGCACAUACGCCAGAGACGGACUGACAAAAUCGCAGGUAUGGCGAUGAAAUCACAGAAAUGUCAGCAAAAAGUAUCUACAUCUAAAGUAACUUCUGAACAUCUGCACUGCGCUGAGCACAGCCUGGUGUUUAUGUGCAAGUUACCCACCAGGGAGGGACCUCAGGUUGCAAGGGUACAAGAAGCUGUAGAAGUGAAACUCCCAGCCCAGUGCACUGUAGAGCAGCUUCGCCUGGUGCUUUGCAUGUGUGUACAGGAGACCAAGAAGUUCCAAGAUCCAUUCGGGCUUCUUGAUCCUGAAAAGUAUAGUCUAUUGUACACAAAAGGGGAAGAUCAAUAUGAAAUUUAUGAUGACUGUCAGGUGUUGAAAACGCUGGAUGCACCCUGGUUUCAAAACAAUGAGGGAUACCAAACAGUCCAGAUUACAGUAUUGGCAAAGCAGGAUAACCCGGAGGAGAGGAUGGAAUACCAGCAGAUUCUAACUGAACUAAUUGGUUAUGAUUUUGACUGUGCAGCAGGCAAUCGUUUGAGUGAGCUGAUUUUCACACGCAGAAAGUUUGCCACACCACGUAAGGAAGAAUUACAACAGCGGGAUCCUGUGGCUUAUGCUACAGAGCCUUGGACAACUUCUGCACCAAUUCCAAAAGAGCAGCAAGAUCAACUCAAACGCAAGCUAUCAAUAAUUCUAUAUCACAAUGAUAUAAGUGUGCAUGUUAAAGCUGAUUUGUUUAAUACUCCUAGUGACCUCCUUUUGGCUCUUUGGGAAUCAAUGCCAUCAAAAGACCAAUGUUUUUUAAAAUGGUCAGCUAAUCAUGUUCUCAAAGUCUGUGGCAGAGAGGAGUUUCUCUGUGGAGAUUUCCAACUUUCUGACUUUCUCUGGGUCAGACACUGCCUGAAAAACGUGAAGGAGCUUCACCUCAAAGUGGUUUCCAUAGCCUCGCUUCCAGAUGAUACAGUAAAAAAGGAAUACUGGCCCCAGGUUGACAGUCUUACGGGUCUCUCUAGUUCCCAUGAAGAAAUCUCAUAUGAGGGGAAAGAAAUGGAAGAAAUUGUAAUGAUAUCCCUUUGGGAUUGUGAGAGGAACUUACGGGUGAAGCUCCUUGGGUUUGAUAUUCCUGAGUUGCCAAUCAAAACCCCUCAGUAUAUUUACGUAGAGGCUUCAAUUAUUUAUGGCAGUAAGGUGGUAUCAUCAGUUUGUUCCUCACCAAAGGAAUUUGUAGAAGAGGUCUUGUGGAACACUUGGCUGGAGUUUGAUCUCCCUCUGAAAGAUAUCCCUUGUGGUGCUAAACUAGGCUUCACAAUUAAUGCCAGUAGUAUGGAUACAGCCCCCACUAGAGAAUCCAAGUCCUCUUACCCUGGAUACAAAGUUCCAGAUUACCAGAAAGGAAAAGGCAAAGUAUUAUAUUUUGUAAACCUUCAGUUGAUUGACCACAGAUCUCUCCUAAGCCAAGGGUCCUACACAUUGCAUAUGUGGUCCUUCCCAGAACAGGAAGAAGAAGCAUUCACCUAUGAGGCAGAUAAACUCUCUACUGCCACCAACCCUGAUGUGGCCAAAUCCAUGGCAAUCACAUUUCUACUUGAUCGCUACAGUUUCCCUGUUGUGCUACCCCAUAGCAGGGUGUCAUCCAACAUCACACCCUCUACUGUAUUAUCUACUUCAUCCAAUCCCAGCUCUACUCUUCAUGUAACAGCAUCCAGCCAAUCCUCGCCAGGUCAUAUGACUUUGCAAACAUACUCUUUAAACAAAUACUCCCUAAAAAGGUUCAGAGAAGAGAGUGUUCGUUAUGCUUCAAACCUUCCUCAGUUUCUUCGCACAGUAGACUGGUUGAAGCCCAGUGCUGUACAGGAUGUUCACUGGCUACUGAGUCACUGGGAGCCUGAUGACUUGGAACUGCCUGUUGCUUUGGAGCUGCUUAGUGUUGAUUACACAGAUGAGAAGGUUCGAAGGUUGGCUGUCCAAAGAUUGGAGAUGAUGUCCAAUGAGGAGGUGCUAAGAUACCUACUGCAGCUAGUACAGACCCUCAAGGUAGAACCAUACCAUGACAGCUAUCUGGCAAGAUUCCUAAUUCAACGGGCACUCAGGAGCAAGCGAGUAGGACACUUCUUCUUCUGGUACUUGCGGAGUGAGGUCGCAGGUUGCCCAUUUUUCCGCCAGCGUAUGGCGGUCAUAUUGGAAGCGUACCUCCUGGGCUGUGGUGAGGCUAUGCUGACGAGUUUACAGCAUCAAGUUCAAGUUGUCAAGAUCCUCCAUGAAGUGGCUAUCAGGGUGAAAACAAUGUAUCCAGAAAAAAGUACUCUUUCACCCUUAGGUAAUAAGCACACAGUUUAUUUCAAAAUUCAUAAUAAAAUGAAUGUAAUUCUUACUGAUGUCUCUCUUGUGUCAGCUGCUCAGAAACUUCAAGAAAUACUGCAGGAGUAUAGUUUUCCUCCUGAAUUCCAGGUGCCUUUUGAUCCAAGGGUCAGGGCAGGUGCAUUACUUCUGAAGGAGUGUAAAGUGAUGGCUUCCAAAAAGAAGCCCCUCUGGCUUGAGUUCUCCCAUGUGGAGUCAGAGGCUUCAGCUGGUUGUCCAGUGGGUAUCAUCUUUAAGGAAGGCGAUGACCUCAGACAGGACAUGCUCAUCAUUCAGACACUGAUGGUGAUGGACUCAAUUUGGCAGGAAAACUGCUUGGAUCUCAACCUGAUGCCCUAUGGCUGUAUCUCAACAGGAUAUCAAAUAGGUAUGAUUGAGAUUGUGAGAGAUGCUGUUACCAUUGCUGCUAUUCAGAGGAUUCAAGGUGGGACAACAGGAGCAUUCAAAAAUAACGCCCUGUUUGAGUGGCUCAAGGGAAUGUGUCCCCUACAGGAGAAGCACUAUCAAGCAAUGGAGAAGUUUGUCACUUCAUGUGCUGGUUACUGUGUGGCCACGUAUGUGUUGGGCAUUGGUGAUCGGCACAAUGACAAUAUAAUGAUAACAAACCAAGGGAAUCUGUUCCACAUUGAUUUUGGACACAUCCUGGGCAACACCAAGAGCUUCUUGGGUGUGAGCAGAGAGAGGGUCCCCUUUGUCCUCACUCCUGACUUUCUGUAUGUUAUGGGUAGAGUGAAUAAACAUUCAAGCCUCUACUUCCAGAGGUUUAAGGACACUUGUAUACAGGCCUACUUGUCUCUGCGCUCUCAGUCCCGCCUGCUGGUCACACUCUUCUCCCUCAUGUUGCUGACGGGAAUCCCCGAGCUCAGCACAUCACAGGACAUGCGCUACCUACGUAAUGCGUUACAGCAAGACCAGAAUGAGGAAGAGGCACGGCAGCACUUCCUGCAGCAGAUUGCUUUAUGUGAGCAAAAGGGCUGGACUGUUCAGGCUAAUUGGUGGAUCCACCUGAUGGCUGGCAUCAAGUAAACUGAAGGAGCAAUUGAUGGGAUUUUGAUGUCUGAUGUGUUGUUGUUUUUUUCCCCUUUUGGAUUGCAUAGUGCAUUUAUAUGUUUACUUUGGCUUGUGUUGUUCAAUGUGUUGUUCAAAGUGUCAUGCCAAAAGUCUUGAUAACUAGCACUAAUGAAUAAACUGGUGUUUAUAUACAAUUCCAGAUAUUUUCAGAAAAACAUAUAAAUAAGUGCCAUUAGCAGAUAUACACCAUCAUAUCAAUCUCACAUUCAUCUUAUUAGCCAUAUAAUAGUAAGUCUACAGAAUUGUGAGAGUAAUGAUUGAGUGAAACAGACACACUCUUUCAGCAUCCUGCACCAGUCUACAAAGUUGAAGACUUUUAUGACCAUAGAGGGCAGUGUGACAAAGUAUAACAAGUGAUUCAACUUUUUUUUUUCAAAAGAAAAAAGUACAAAACUACACUUUCAUUAAAUAAUUCAUCUUAACCACUAUAUACUGGUCAAGGUCACAGUAAAACCAGAGUCUAACCCUGGGAAGAGGUGGGACUACACCCUGAUGGUGUAACAUUAGGUGUGAUGUUGUGUAGAAUCUACGUCAAUCACUGGGCACCAUGCACACACACACAUUCACACACUCAUUCAUGCCUAUCUGCAAUGUAGAGGAGACAGUCUACCUACUGGAAUGUUUUUGGGGGGUGGGCGGAAACCAGAAAACCCUGAGGAUACCCACACAGAGAGAACAUGGGAAACUCACACAAACAUUAAUCUCAAGCUUCAAGUUCUCUGGAGGGGUGAGAUGGCAAUGCUACCUGCCCUUAAUGCUGCUGCUACUACUACUACUACUACUAUAAAUAAUAAUAAUAAUAAUAAUAAUAAUCCAUCCAUUUUCCAUAUUGCUUAUCCUACACAGGGUCGUGGGGAGCCUCUUCCAGGGGACUCAGGGCACAAGGUAGGGUGCACUCUGAACGGGUGCCAAUCCAUUGCAAGGCACAAUCACACACACACACACACACACACACCAUGGACAAUUUAAAGAUGCCAAUCAGCCUACAAUCCGCGCAUGUCUUUGAACUGGGGGAAGAAAACUGGAGUACCUGGAGGAAACCCCGGAAGCAUGGGGAGAACAUGCAAACUCUGUGCACACAGGACAGAAGUGUGAAUCAAACCCCAAACCCUGGAGCUGCGAGGCAAAUGUGCUAACUACUAAGCCAAUGUGCCCUAAUAAUAAUAAGAAGAAGAAGAGGAAGAAGAAGAAGAAGAAGUUCACAAAGGUAAAAUCAUCCCCAUACCCCCAUUUGCACAGGCAUUUAUUGCCUAUAGUGUUAUGUUCAUUUAUGCAUCUAUCAAUGCCAAUGAUUCAGUACAUGUCUGCAGGAAUGAAACCUUGGUGUGUUUAAGAAAAAUGAAGAAGACAAUUUUUGAAAAAGAAAAAGUUUGGCAGCUUAAGGAAAUUACAUGCAUUUUCAGUAAAUCAGACCAAACAGACUCCCAUUACAGCCAGCAUGCAGACAGUAGUGAGAAAAAGGAGGGGUAUUUCGGGGCUGCAGGAGUGUUGUCAGUAGUAGGUGGGGGGCUG